CCUGCCGCAACUCGGAGUCACUCGCAGCCCUGCUUAUCUGCGGCGCGCCCUGCGAUCGCGGGCUCGUAGGGCGGAAGGGCUUAGGAUCGAGGCAGGCUAGGCACUGGCUAGGCAGACUCUAGGCGAAGCGGCGCCACUCGGAGGCGCGGAAGGCUCGCAGCUUCUAGACUUUGGCAGAGGGAGCUGCCUUGAAGCGCAUGUAGGGAGGGAGGAAAGAAGGGAAGAUGGUCAUUCGGGUUUUCGUCGCGUCUUCCUCUGGUUCCGUGGCGUGGUGUCCUCAGAUCUGUUGGGCCGGACUACAACUCCCAUCACGCCUAGCCCCGCACGACCCAUGGCUGGAGAUGGUAGGAGUUGUCCAUCGCACUCGGGACGCGAGAAAGAAGAGGCAACAAGACAUUGUGCAAUUUCUAGAAGCCAACAAGAUUGACUUUGAAGAAGUGGAUAUCACCAUGUCAGAGGAGCAAAGGCGGUGGAUGUAUAAAAAUAUUCCUCAAGACAAACUGCCUGCACAAGGCAACCCACUGCCUCCCCAGAUCUUCAGCAAUGAUGAGUACUGUGGAGAUUACGACUCAUUUUUUGAAUCCAAGGAAAGCAAUACUGUCUUUGCAUUUCUUCGCUUGAAGUCUAAUUUGGCCUCACAGGAAUCAGAACCUUAGGAAAACUGCUUGAAGAAUAAAAAAAAAAACACAUUGUCCGGCCGAAUGAAUUCCUCGAUGUUCAGCCCGCUAUACCUUCCCUCGUGGAUCACUGUGAUACCAGCCAAUAUGCACCAUUGGUAUUUUGCUUGCUGCUGAAGAGGUGUGAAAUAAGACAACAGAUAUAAAAACGGGGUGAUUUGUUGUGUUGGGUGCUCUUCUAUCUUUGCAAAUAUAUCUGUAGUUAAUCCUGUGGAUCGUUGUUCUGAUAUGCACUAUUCCAUUCAAAUGAUGACCUAAGGUUCUCAAGAAUGGCAAAUGGCAGCAGAAUCAGAUCACCCAUUAUAUA